CCCGGCUGUCAUCUCUUGAAGUAAUCAUCUGUCGAGUUCCGCGAGUCCUUAUCUUUUCGAGCUUUCACGGCAUUAUUUAUAUCUGGAGAGCGAUUUUGAAAUAGGAAUUAAUUAAAUAUUGAUACAAGGCAAACUUCUUCAAUUUAAAAGACCAGUGCCAAUCUCGGAGUAAUUGACAAUGAGUCGCAAAAAGCCAAACCUUGUCUUUAUCGUUUGGGACAUUGGACACAAGUCAAACGCAGUUGCUCCUGAUGGACAGUCCUAUUUUGAUUUGCAGAAGAAGUGCAUUAACAAGAUAAUUUCUAAUAAGGUGUUGUUUGAGCCUAAGGACCAAGUGGCUUUGCUCAAGUAUGCAACCACCGAGACUGAACAUCCUGGGGACAUGGACACAUUCCCCAACAUCCACUUUCAAUGUGACUUUGACACCGACAAAAUCAAAAUCAUGGACGCUGUGGAUGCGACAGCUCCCACAGACAUUGAGCAGGAAUUUUUGGGCGCGCUUUGUGUCGCUCUUAGCAUCCUAAAAGAUCAGGUUUCAUCAGAGCAGCAGUCAACCAGCAAGUCAAGCAAGGCUAAGCCUUCUGCUCCAUAUGAGAGCCUGAAAAUUAUCCUCCUUUCAAGUCUUGUUGGAGAGUACAGAAAUGCAGAAACAAAAUCGAUCACCAAGCACCUGAAGAAGAUCAAAGGAUUGGAUUGCUCGUUAUUUGUCAUAGGUCCAACCAAAAAGCCUGAGUUAGAAGAACUCGAGGGAGAGGAAAAUCUGGAUUAUUUUGCCCAAUAUCCGGACUCUUUUAAUGCAGACACAGCGCUUUCUAUCAUCUUCAAAUAUGUAAAUGGAGUGUAUUGGUGCCAUGACGAAGCUCUGUUGAACCUGAGCAGUACCACCAGCAAAAAGGUUUCCCCAAGGAAUUCAAAGAUAUUGCUUGAGCUUGGAACGGACUUCAAGAUCAAAGUGCAAUACUUCAACGAGGUUUGCGAAGAGCCCAGACUGGAAUUCAAAGUGCUCAACAGCGCGGACAUUACAAAGAAAACCGGCUUUGACAGAGCGUACUCGGCCAAGGGUGGGAAGCGGAAGAUCGUAGAGGAGGAGGAGGUGAUAAAGGGUUUUAAGUUUGGCACCUCUAUCAUCCCCUUUUCUGAAGAGGACAAAUCCGCUAUGGAGUACAAGUCAGGGCUGCCUUGCCUGAAAAUUUUGGGUUUCUGUAAGAAAAGAGACAUUCCUCCUAUAAUGCACAUUGGCAACACCACAGUCAACGUUUUCCCCGUGCAGAAUGACCAGGCUUCGAUUGUGGCGUUCAAGGCACUGGUUCACACCAUGCAUCAAAUGGGACGUGUUGCGGUCGUCAGAAGAGUCGUCAUGAACAAUGGAAAGCUGACUCUGGCGGCAUUGAUGCCCAGGAUCUUGCCUGACGACGAGAGACUUAUUUGCGUCGAGCUGCCUUUCGCAAAUGACGUCACCAGUUACAAAUUCCCUAGGAGCAAGCCACAGGUUUCUGAAGAGCAACUCCAGGCAGUCAGAGAUCUGGUUCAAAAUAUGAACCUUAUGGAUGCGGCUUCAGAUGGAAAUGAAGCGUUCCAAGCGCGGAGCACACCAAACCCUAUCAAAAUCUACGCAAACGAACUGGUGAUCCAAAAGCACCGUUCACCUGACAGUCCAGUGGAUCCUCCCUCAAAAUUCAUUGUGUCGCUUUUGGAGCCCCCCGAGGUGAUCGUGAAAAAAGCUGGGGAAAUGGAAGAGAGGCUGAAAGACGUGUUCAACAUCGCACCAGUCCGCGCCAGCUCUGCUAAAUUCAAGUUUCCUAGGACUCCCAAGGCUAGCACAAAAACCAUGCAAAGUGAGGAUGACAUACUAGAGUACCAAGGCUCUCAAGACGAUGUAAACAAUGUCGCACAAUCUGAAGCUGCUCAACCAGGACACGUGAAAAUAGUGCAAAUUGGAUCUGUUACCCCAGCUGAAGAUUUCCUAGCUCUUGUGCAGCAAGGAGUGCCUUUGAUUGACAUUUGUCAGCAGUGCCAAACAAUCAUAUUGCAGCUCGCUGUGAGGGCGCAGAACAACCUGCACAAGCCUUUGACUGCCGUCAGGGUGAUGCGGCAGGCGUGCGCGAAAGACAACCCGCUGCCUUAUAAUGAGUGGCUGCCUCAGUUCCGAAACGAGUUGUCAGAACGAAAUAAACUUGGUCUCUGGCUCUUGAUCAUGGAUGAAAAUCUUGGGCCAAUCACAGUCGAGGAAAACCCCCAGGCGGUGAUGAAAAGGGAUGAAGCGGUCAGAUUCUUGGCCGAACCACCCAAGGACCAGGAGUCGCAGAAAAUGGACAUUGAUUCAUUGCUGGAGGACAUGUGAGGUCAAAACGAUGGGAAACAAUUAGAUACUUUAAUUUUUUCGUUUAUUUCAAGUCUAUAGUGAGUAUGUUUUACAAAAUCUUUAUUGUUAAAUAAACCUUCAUUUAAACCAAGAA